GCUUCGCCCCACCUCCCUCCCGCCGGCUGGCUCCUGGGGCGCUCCACCGGACCGGGCAUUGAGUGCCACGAUGUGGGCCGCGCUGUCGCUGCUGUGCGCCGGGGCAUGGCUGCUGAGUGCCCAGGCCACCACCGAGCUGACCGUGAACGCCAUAGAAAAGUUUCACUUUAAGUCAUGGAUGACACAGCACCAGAAGACGUACAGCUCGGUGGAAUACAAUUACAGGCUGCAGAUGUUUGCCAACAACCUGAGGAAGAUAAAUGCCCACAACCAGAAGAACCACACAUUUAAAAUGGCAUUGAACCAGUUUUCAGACAUGAGCUUUGCUGAAAUAAAACGCAAAUACCUCUGGUCAGAGCCUCAGAAUUGUUCAGCCACCAAAAGUAACUACCUCCGUGGUACUGGCCCCUACCCCUCCUCCAUGGACUGGCGGAAGAAAGGAAAUUAUGUCUCACCAGUGAAAAAUCAGGGCACCUGUGGCAGCUGCUGGACUUUCUCCACCACGGGGGCCCUGGAGUCUGCUGUGGCAAUCGCCAGUGGGAAGAUGCUGUCUUUGGCUGAGCAGCAGCUGGUGGACUGUGCCCAGAACUUCAACAAUCAUGGCUGCCAAGGAGGUCUCCCCAGCCAGGCCUUCGAGUACAUCCUGUACAACAAAGGCAUCAUGGGAGAGGACGCCUACCCUUACAGAGGCAAGGAUGGUCACUGCAAGUUCAACCCCAAAAAAGCCAUUGCAUUUGUCAAGGAUGUUGCCAACAUCACACUCAAUGAUGAGAAGGCGAUGGUAGAAGCUGUGGCAUUACACAACCCUGUGAGCUUUGCUUUUGAGGUGACUGAAGAUUUUAUGUUGUAUCACAAGGGCAUUUACACCAGCACUUCCUGUCAUAAAACUCCAGAUAAGGUAAACCAUGCAGUCCUGGCCGUUGGCUAUGGAGAGCAGGAUGGAAUUCUCUACUGGAUCGUGAAAAAUUCUUGGGGCACCCAGUGGGGGGAUAAAGGGUACUUCCUCAUUGAGCGUGGAAAGAAUAUGUGUGGCCUGGCUGCCUGUGCCUCCUACCCCAUCCCUCAGGUCUAAGCCAAGAUGCAGAGGCAGCUGGUUGGCAGACAAAGUGAUGAACCAGCCUUUCGACGGAAAUCAUAUCCUGGAGGAAAUUGUGGGAAAAUCCACCCAGAGGGCCCCUCAGUCCUGCACUGAGCCUAGAAGCCUAAAGACUUCUAAGUGAGAAAGAAGAGCUCCACCAGCAACAAGCCCAUCCAUGUGGCACACAUCACCAGCCACGUGCCUUGAAUGUGGUUUUGAACUGACUCAAACCCACAUGGACUAGAACUUUCUCUCUUUCCAGCUCUCUUCACGUAGAGAGAGCUCCAGUGACUACCUUUUCUGGAUUGUAUAUUCAAUAAACACACAGUGAACACCUCC